CACACUACAAUGCCAGCCCUGAUUUCUCUGCUCUCCCUCAGAAUUCGACGAUUUCUCUGGAUGUUUGUGGCAAGACAGCUAUGAGGGCAUCGACAAAGGCUGUUCUUAUUCUUUUAGCAAAACGUAGAGAGUUUUAUUUAAACUUUUCAUCCUGCCUUUAGCAUUAUCGUUAUUUUGUGUAUUCCUGCUGUGGGUAAAACCACAUCCCACAAAAACAUGAGUUCAGUGCGCCGGUAAUAAAAUGUCUUUAGGCUACGUCGAAAAUAACCUAGAUUUAUGCCUAACUUGGACGAAAUUCUGAAUAUGACUAAAAGUUAACAAAUCGUGGAUAGCCUAUAGUCAUGGGGGAACACUUGAAUUUGGGGUAUAUAAACUAAUAACGUUUGGAUUCAUUGUUUAACAUGAGAGCAGGUGAGCCAGUCUUCGUGUUUGUCUAGUGAGGCGCUGCGCGCAUUUCCCGCGGAAAGAACGAAGCGGAGUGUUGGAGCACGGCGGAGAACAGCGAAGUGAUCUGUGCUGGGGAUUACGCCUCCGAACACCGCAGACAAGCCAGGGACGACGAUAUGGGUUCCAGGCUGUGUGAUGGACGACCGGCGCACCUCAUCCUCCUCCUGCUCCUCGUCCUCCAGGCCAUGGUGCCGCUCUGCUCUGGUGAACGCACCUGCCCUCACAGCUGCCGUUGUGAGGGGAAGAUAGUCCACUGCGAGUCAGCUGGCUUCUUGGACGUCCCUGAGAACAUCUCAGUGGGCUGCCAGGGCCUCUCUCUUCGCUACAACGACCUGCACACACUGCUCCCCUACCAGUUUGCCCACCUCAACCAGCUCCUCUGGCUCUACAUGGACCACAACCAGAUCUCUUCUCUAGACAGUCGGGUCUUCCAGGGAGUCCGCAGGCUUAAAGAGCUGAUCCUCAGCUCCAACAAGAUCUCUCAGCUCCACAACGCCACCUUCCACGGGGUGCCCAACCUCCGCAGCCUGGACCUGUCCUACAACAAGCUGCAGGUGCUUCAGCCGGGGCAGUUCCACGGCCUGAAGAAGCUGCAGAACCUCCACUUGCGCUCCAACGGCCUCACCAUAGUCCCCAUCCGGGCCUUCCUGGAAUGCCGCAGCCUAGAGUUUCUGGACCUGGGCUACAACCGUCUCCGGGCCCUCACCAGGACCACCUUCCUGGGGUUACAGAGGCUCAUGGAGCUGCAUCUGGAGCACAACCAGUUCUCUCGGAUCAACUUCUUUCUGUUCCCACGUCUUGCUAACUUGCGGGCGCUCUACCUGCAGUGGAACCGCAUCCGAGCAGUCAACCAGGGCCUUCCCUGGACUUGGCACACGCUGCAGAAACUGGAUCUGUCUGGCAAUGAGAUCCAGACCCUGGACCCUGCCGUGUUCCAUUGCCUGCCUAACCUCCAGACCCUCAACCUGGAGUCCAACAAGCUGUCCAACGUGUCCCAGGAGGCAGUGUCUGCAUGGAUCUCUCUGAACUCUAUCAACCUUGCAGGUAACGUGUGGGACUGUGGGACAGGCAUCUGUCCCCUGGUGGCCUGGCUGAGGAACUUUCGUGGCACUAAAGACACGACCAUGAUAUGCAGCAGCCCAAAGCAGCUCCAGGGAGAGAAGAUCAUGGAGGCUACAAGGAACAAUGGAAUAUGUGAGGAAACUGAUUACUUCCAGACAGAAACCCCUUCACCAACCCCGGAUUUCAUUGAAACGACACCCGACCCAACCCCUGCCCCCACCAGCCCACUUCCACCCCUGCCUCCACCUACCACCCUGGCCCCCCUACCCCCACCUCGGCCUCAGCCCCCCCGGCCUACUUUUCCCAGCCGGGUAAGGAUUGACCCCAGAGACUCCCCUCCCCGGGCUCCUCCCUCCCUCCGCAGCCUGGUGGUGACUCAGCCCCCAGAGCCGGAGCACAUGUCCUUCCACAAGGUGGUGGUGGGCAGCGUGGCACUCUUCUUCACCAUGUCACUCGUCCUGACCGUCAUCUACGUGUUAUGGAGGCGCUACCCGAAUGCGGCACGGCUCCUGCAGCAGCGCUCCGUGGUGGGCCGCAAGCGGCGGAAAAAGAGCCCGGAGCCUGAGCAAAACCUGAGCUCCCAGCUGCAGGAGUAUUACAUGAGCUACAAUCCGGCCGCCACCCCGGAGGGCUUGGAGGUGCUGGGCAACGGGACUGGCUCCUGCACCUGCACCAUCUCUGGCUCCAGGGAAUGCGAGAGUGAAUACACAUGUCCCCGUCCACUACCUGGAGCUUGGCUUGGAGACAUACCCACCAUUCACUAGGAGACAUGUACGUUUUACCAGCCAGUUGCUAACAAGAAGAGGAAUCAGGGCCUACAACACUAUGGCUACCCCAUUACUGUCUGUCCUAACAUUACGGUGGCACUCUCUAAACAUCUGCUACAGACAUAUGUCAAACUAUACCUCAAAAGGCCCAUGGACAACCUAAUUUGGAAGCAAGAAUGACUUUCAUGAUUUCUACCACUCUGAAUAUUUAUGUUUUCUUUUACAAGGUCUAUAUACUCUUUCUGUAUCUUAGGUUCUCAGCUGCCCUACAGCAGUGUUCAUCCAACUAUGACUAAGGUUGCUGUUAAAGCAUUGGCCAUGUUAACUCUUUGAUUGGCCAAUUAGGCUGGUCCAGAUUGAGGGGGUUUGGAACACUUCACGUCUGCAGCACCUCUCUGACCGUUGGCAUGGAAACUUGGGACUCUGAUGGGGCGGCCUGUGCCACGAUGGGCGGUGUCACUCUGCUGGAGGCUGGCGAAGUGAAAAUGGGCUGUGGAGCAUAUGGACCAUUACAGUUAAUGAAGGUGACUAGUGGACAGGGCGAUGGCCGUCCAGACGCAGAUUGUCCCUUCUUUCCCGGCUAGGAACCACAGGCUUCACAGUGAAGUGUCAGCCCAGCAACGUUUUGAUGAUGUGCACUGAACAAGUAGCUCUGACUGCCUAGCAAAAUUAUAAUGUGCAAACUGCUGUGUGUAAUUUAAAAUACAUGUCCAUGGUUUUUCUUUGCUGUUGAACAACCCAUUAUUUGCAGCUGGGGUUUUGAAAAAUAUUAAUAAUUUCUAUUCUGCCAAGAUGGCUUCAAAACCAUCUACGCUCUCGGCUCAGAAGUGUUCAUGUGGAUUUUGUUUGCUUUAUACGUUUACAGCGUGUACCUGUCUCUUGAGUAAUAUUUGAGUAAAGCUCUCAUUGUUCAUUUAGUCCCCUGGGGAGAGCUGCAUUCAAUAGCUGGAAGUACUUUUCUGAGAAGUCUGAGGAUCUAGUCUGGAGAACAGCUGAUCUUCCUGCCAAUCACACCUGGUGGUGGAGGAACUCAAUCUAUUCCCAGACACACAGACAACUGUAAUUACACAUCUUGGCUCAGGACAGGAAAGAAAAUUUAAAAUAAAACUGAGACUCAAA